AUGGCCGACUCAGUUGAUCGCGUGUUCGUCCACGCCCUCAACACCGUCAAGAAGAUUCCCAAGACCGGCGCCUCACGACCGCCUCCUUCCGACCGACUCCGUCUCUAUGGACUCUACAAGCAGGCUAUGGAGGGCGACGUCGAUGGUGUCAUGGAACGCCCGAAUUCCGCCUCCGGAAUGACCCCAGACGAUCUCCAACGCGAGAAGGACAAGUGGGAUGCGUGGAAUAUGCAGAAGGGCCUCAGUCGGACAGAAUCCAAGAGGAGAUAUAUCGAGGCCCUAAUAGACACCAUGCAUCGAUAUGCGACAACACCGGACGCGAGGGAGCUCGUCGAUGAGCUCGAAUUCGUCUGGAACCAGAUCAAACACAACAGCCCCAGUUCCUCCAUGUCCUCCCCCAAAGCUAACCGCUCCACGGCCGCAUCACACCACUAUCAAGACAACGCAAGCGACCCCGAAGGCCCCAUGAAAAUUAUCAGUCCGAUGAGCGAGCACGACGAGGCUGAGCUGCAAUCCCAACGACAGAUGGACCUGGAGGAUGAGCUAGAAGGACAGAACCCAAUCCAGAGGGGUAGCCGCUGGCAACGCAAGGUGGAACGGGCGCUCACUACCAUGUCGGCCGAGGUGGCAGCGCUGCGGGAACAAAUCACUACAGGUCGCGAGUGGCGCGCCAAGAAGGAACGCAGCUUCCCUGCCUGGGCCAACUGGUUGGCAUGGCUUGUGAUGAAGCACCUCCUUGCCGACCUCGUCAUCCUCGCCAUUGUUCUAAUAUGGAUGCGAAAGCGCAAAGACCGACGGCUGGAGGACCUGGUGAGGGCCGCCGUCAAGCUUGUGAGAGAGUACAUCCGGAAUAUUCUCCCAUCCCGAUGA